AUGACUGUGCCCGUGCCGCAGCGAGCUGCUGCUCAGCGACGGCGUGAAUCGGCGGCUACGACCGUCCCAGCUCGCUCGGGCCGCGCGCUGGGCAUAGCCAACUAUUUGGUCACCGUGGGUUUCGGGACCCCCAAGAAGGACAUUUCGGUGGUUUUCGACACCGGCAGCGACUUGACAUGGAUCCAAUGCGAACCUUGCGUCCGCUCGUGCUACCAGCAACAGGAGCCCAUAUUCGACCCCCGCCAGUCGUCAUCGUACAAGAACAUCAGCUGCAGUUCCGCCGACUGUUCGAGCCUGCAGUCGGCCACCGGGAACAAGCCCGGCUGCUCCGCGUCAAACUGCGUCUAUGCCGUCCAGUACGGCGACAGUUCAUAUUCCAUUGGCUUCUACGCCCACGAGACCAUCACAUUGAGAGACACCGAUGUUCUCUCCAACAUCAAGAUUGGAUGCGGCGAGAAUAACCAAGGCCUUUUUGGCCAGGCAGGGGGCCUACUCGGACUCGGACGGGACGCAGUGUCUCUUGUUUCCCAGGCUGCGGGCAAGUACGGCAAAGUCUUCUCUUACUGCCUGCCUUCAAAUCCGAGCUCCAAUGGUUACCUGACUAUGGGCUGGACCGUGCCAAUCUCCGGUGUCAAGUACACGCCGAUGCUGACCGACGUAAGCGCCCCUUCCUUCUACUUCCUCGACAUUGUCGGGAUAAGCGUAGGAGGCGAGCAGCUAUCCAUACCCGCGAGCACGUUCCAGACAGCGGGUACUCUCGUUGACUCCGGCACGGUCAUAAGCCGCUUUCCUCCGGCGGCCUAUGCUGCCCUCCGGUCGGCCUUCCGAGAGCAGAUGUCGAGAUAUCCGACCGCGCCGGCGCUCUCCCUACUGGAUACGUGCUACAAUUUCACCGGAUAUGACACGGUGUCCGUUCCGAAGGUAAUGCUGUUCUUCCGGGGUAACGUCCCUUUGGACAUCCAUGUCUCCGGGAUACUCUACGCGGCGAAGAUCUCGCAGAUGUGCCUGGCCUUUGCCGGCAAUGGUGACCCCUCUGACCUUGCUAUUCUCGGGAAUACUCAGCAAAAGACGUACCAAGUCAUCUACGAUACGGCGAAGGGAGCGAUCGGGUUUGGAGGUGGCGGCUGCAGCUGA